GAACACACUUGAGUAUGCUCUAUGUCCGUGAGCUCCCCGGUCACCUGACGACUUUGGAAAGACAAGAAGGAAGGCGUGGGAGUGUCGGCCCCUGAACACAAGCUCCUUGCCCUUGGCCUUGGCCCUCCUGCUUCCCGGCCACAGGCACGGCCGCGAUGGAGACACUCUCCCAAGAUUCCUUGCUGGAAUGUCAGAUCUGUUUCAACUACUACAGCCCCCGGCGAAGGCCCAAGUUGCUGGAUUGCAAACACACCUGCUGCUCGGUGUGCCUCCAGCAGAUGAGGACAAGCCAGAAGGACGUGAGGUGCCCCUGGUGCCGGGGCAUCACCAAGCUGCCCCCGGGCUUCUCCGUGUCGCAGCUCCCCGACGACCCCGAGGUCCUUGCGGUCAUCGCCAUCCCGCACGCGUCCGAGCACACCCCAGUGUUCAUCAAACUUCCCAGCAAUGGGUGCUACAUGCUGCCCCUGCCCAUCUCCAAGGAGCGAGCGCUGCUGCCGGGAGACAUGAGCUGCCGCCUGCUGCCCGGGAGCCAGCAGAAGGCCGUCACCGUGGUGACCGUCCCUGCGGAGCAGCAACCUCUGCAGGGCGGGGCGCCCCCGGAGGCGGGGGAAGAGGAGCCAGACAGGCGGGGUGUGGCGAAAAGCUCCACCUGGUCUGGGGUGUGCACUGUGAUCCUGGUGGCCUGUGUCCUCGUCUUCCUGCUGGGCAUCGUGCUGCACAACAUGUCUUGCAUUUCUAAGCGCUUCACUGUGAUCUCCUGUGGCUGAACAGGGCUGCAGGGAAGUCUCUCGUGGGUGCCAACUCGGGGUUGAGCAGGUGUUGGAGAUGGGAUCGCAGCGAGAAGAUGGGGGGCGACGCUGAUCAUUUGGUGCCAGCCAUGGCCUCUGAGCUACCACUUGAUUAACCGGAGACAGACAGGAAGGGCAGACGUGAGGUCUCAGCGAGAUACCGGGCAAAUCAUCCUGAGUGUUGGUGGCAACAGCUUCGAAGACGAUUGCAUGCAUCCUCAUAAUCAUUUAUUAAAUGGACUGUAAUUUAUGAUUUGUCAAAAUCAUGUUACGAGAUAGACCUAAUCUACUUAGACGUUAAACCGUGCAAGUGCAUACAAUGUGAUCUUCUCUAAAUGUGGUAGAUUAAAACAGAGAUGCUUAUGUAUAUAAGUAGAAUUAAACCUGAGAAUCCACGUAAAAAUUCAGCGAUGACAUGCAGUGCUGGUUUCUUUCCCCUUUUUAAUGGAAAUCCAGUCUUCAUUUAGUUGCUGAGGCUUUUUAUACUUUUUGAAUGGCACUCAAAAUAAGUGAAGUGGACGGUCAUUUUUUUUGGAGAAAACGUCUGAACAAGUGUUUCCAGUGUGUUGUGUUUUGUUACAUACCUUCAUUUUUCUUCCCUUGUAAUUAGAGCUUGCUAUGUGUUUUUUGAACUGAAAGCCCAACAGGGGAGCAAUAAACUGAGUAAUAAUGAGAAAUGCCUAAUCCCACAGGAACCCUAUAUGCCAUUUUUCUCAAGCCAUCUCAUGAAAUAAGAAUUUUAAAUGUAAAUAUUGUGUACUUGUGUGUGUGUUCAUGUGUGUGUGUGUAAUUUGACUUACCUCAGGUUUUGAAUCUUUUCAGAAGAAUCCCAGGAGUAAGACUUUGUGGGCCUGAAUGAGUCCAGGGUCUGACUCGGUGGCCACCUCUUGGGCACCGGGAUCUGCCCAGUGAAGUGUCGCACACCCGUCACUUCCAACAUUUGCUCCUCUUCUGUGUAUUCAAGUCCUGUAUUCUGUGAGGCACAAAUGGAAAGUAACAGAAGAUUCUGUCUUUUCUCCCAGUUUGGAGGUAUUGUAAUAGACGUGAGUGUUGUUCAUCGAUGACAAACCUGGACUGACAUUUUAAUAGACAGUCCAUGAUUGCUUUUUGAAAGAUGUUCCGUGAAAGUUAAACCAUUAGGAUUCCAGUUUCUUCUUGUUGGUAUAAGUGAGAAAAUCUCUUGUAUUUCAAAAUAUGUUUUUAUUGAGAAAAGUGACAAGAUAAACUAACAACUCACAUUCCCAAUCUAAGUGGAUCAGUUCAUCAUAAAUUCUCAAAUACUCUUAAGUGUGCAGUGGUCUACAGACCCUGGUGAAGAAAGGUCUGCUGGCAUCAAGUGGUAAAUUCCUGUGCCUGGAUGUGU